CUCGAACUCUUAGUCUACACCUUAAUCACCAUCCCCUUGAUCAUCUAAACUCCCAAUCACCUACCCCCAAUACCAUCAACCCAUAAUCAUAAUCAAAAUGCCCCCUAUCCGCCUCUCCAAAUCCCUCCCCUCCCUCUACCCAUGGGUCACCUCGCCCUUCAUCGUCAGCGCCCCAAUGCGCAUCAUGUCCGGCCCAGCACUAGCGGUCUCGGUCUCCCGCGCCGGCGGACUCGGCUUCAUCGGCCCCGGCGCAAAGACGCAAGACGCCCUGACGAACCUGCAAGAAGCGUCCUCGCUCCUCAAAGCCCCUAGCACCACCCUCUCAUCCCUCCCCUCCACCCCCCUCCCCAUCGGCAUCGGCUUCCAGCUCUGGAGCGACGACCUAGCCACCGCCGCCGCUGCCAUCCAGCAGUACCAGCCCUGCGCCGCCUGGCUCUUCGCGCCGCACCACACCGCCGACAUCCAGACGUGGACGCUGCGGAUUCGCGAGGUUGCGCCAAACACCCAGAUCUGGGUCCAGGUGGGGACCAUCGCCGAGGUGCACGAGAUCCUCACCAGCGCCGCGCAACCCGAUGUCCUGGUCAUCCAGGGCGCCGAGGCGGGGGGUCACGGGCGGGCGACGGACGGAAUGGGACUGAUGACGCUGCUGCCGGAGGUCGCGGAUAUCGUGGCCAUGGCCUCGUCACCAGGACGGGGCAAGAUCCCCGUGUUCGCGGCGGGGGGAAUCGCGGACGGACGUGGCGCCUCUGCAGCGCUGUGUCUCGGCGCAGAGGGCGUGGUGAUGGGGACGCGGUUCCUAGCCGCGACUGAGGCGCGGAUCAGCGCGGGGUAUCAGAACGAGAUUGUGCGCGCGGGCGACGGGGCGGCGUCGACGACGCGCACGCUGCUGUAUAACCAUCUGCGCGGCACGUUCGGGUGGCCGGCGGCGUACAGUCCGCGGGGGAUCACGAACCUGUCGUUCCAUGAGCAUCAGGCGGGGAAGCCGUUCGAGGAGCUGAAGCGGUUGCAUGAUGAGGCGCUGGGGAUGGGGGAUGCGGGCUGGGGGCCGCAGGGACGGUUGGCGACGUAUGCGGGGGCUGGGAUUGGGUUGAUUCGCGAGGUCAAGGAGGCGGGGAGGAUCGUGGAGGAGGUGCGCAGGGAGGUUUGGGGGAAGGUGAAUGUGAAGGUGGAGGAGGAGGGGGGGAGGGAGGCGAGGUUGUAG